UCCAUGGACACCGCGGAAAAUGUGGAUCGAGCGUGCGGGUCACAAAACUAAACACUGUGAUUAAUAUCAGAUGAGCUGCUGGUGGCGUGAAACAAUACAUGUCAUUACCGAGGAACACAUCACAUCACCUGCACUGUAAGAAACGACCCAAGCGCGCCGCCCCGUUAACAGGACUGUGCGCAAUUACGCACGUAGCACAUCAGUUCGGCUCUAACGUGACGCAGCGCGCCUCAGGCGUGAACGUCCAACUCGUUAAGACCGGACGCAGGCUGGACACACUGGAUGUUUGGCUUUUGAUUUCGGCGUCCAUGUGAAGAGGUCAGACUCGUUCACACCGGAUGCAUGAGACGCGUCACCUGGAGAUUCAGAGUCUGGCCUUGUUUCUACUGCGACACACGCUGAAAUCGACCCAAAACCGAAGUUUAGACGUUCACGUCACGCCAGCACCUCACUACAGUUUAAAUGUCUGUAUGCGUAUAAUACGUCACAUACACGAAGAGCAUGCAGUGUACAUGCUCUGGGUGCCUCUGAUUGGAGUCACUCUCUUCACUGUGUUUUACACUGUUGGAAACAUAUGUGCCGUCUGCAGCACCAUGUUUCUGAUGGAGCCAGAGACGCAGUUGGCAUUGAUGUUUGACGAAACAAGAGUGCACGCCACGGCAGCAGUGAUGACGUGCCUUGUGUUGACUCUCUGUUCAGCCUUCUGGGUGAAGAGCGCUGGACUUGCUAUGUUAUUUUGCAUCUUGCAAGUCUUGUCAUUCAUCUGGUACCUAUUGACAUACAUCCCGAAUUGGAGCGCGGCUGUAAAGAAGAUGGUAGAGACCUGCAAAAAGAUCCUGUCAAACUGCAUUCAGUCUCUGAUGGAGCUAGUGAACCAGGUGAAAGAGCUGUAUGAGAAAUCGCCAGCGCUGGCCGUCAUUGCGGGCCUUGUGUCAACUAUCUUUGCAGCUCUCUUGUGGUCGACAUUUGGACUUGGACUUUUGUUAUUUGGCAUCCUUGGAGGCUUGUUGUGUACCGGGAUGUUGUCUAACUGCACCAAGUUUCUGACGGGACUUCUGCAGCAGGUGACAAGCAUUUGUGGUGGAUCGACAGCGCUGGCCGUCAUUGCGGGCCUUGUGUCAACUAUCUUUGCAGCUCUCUUGGGGUCAGGCUUUGGACUUGCGUUGUUAUUUGGCGUCCUUGGAGCCUUUUUGAUUUACUGGUUCCUGUCUGAUUUUCUGAUGGGAAUACUGAAGCAGUUGACAUGGAUAUGGGACAAAGCAAGACCGCUGGCCAUAAUUAUAUGUCUUCUGCUGAUUCUCCUCGCAGCCUUCUGGUGGAGGAGAGCAGGACUUGCUCUUUUAUUUUGCAUCCUGACAAUGAUGUUGAUUCUCUGGUAGACUGACCGUCUCCCGUUUCUGAGGUUUGUCCUUUGAGCACAGUUCAUAAAAAUUAGCUGCUAAAAUGUUCAGAAUGUCUUGUCUAUGUGAAUUUCUUUCCAGGGAGACCCUCUACAUUGGCGCCAUUUGACAUUUUACAUGGAAAUGUUUUUUUAAAAUUUUUUUCUUAAAAUGAUCACCGAUCAUCACUGUUUUAGGCCGACAGUAAAAAUGUGUAGCCUUAUACAUGCAGAACUGAAUCAUGUUAUGAUUUUGUCAAUUAGUCGAGCGGUCCUGAGCUGUUGUCGUGUUUUAUUCUCAAGCCUGAGGGUUGAUUGCUGCAUGUGGCUGAGGAUAGAAGAAGAAGGAUUACCUCACACUGAAAUGGACUUUAGUCAAAAAAAUAAAUCACUGAAACUGUC